AUGCCAGCCCUAUAUGCAGCGCUAACGGGGACGGUGGAAACGGCCCCGCAUCUUGCCCGCCGUGAUCUAACUGUGAACCACACUCAAGCCAUUACCCUAGGGGUGAUGGCCGUCUACGUGGUAGUCAUCGCUAUCUUAUGGAACGUUCCCUAUAUUCGCUGGGUGCUAUGGCCUUUCAAGAUGCUGGUCAUCGCAUUUCACGAAUUCGGACACGCGAUCACAGCUUGCUGUACCGGCGGCAAAGUCAAGUCCAUCUCGCUAGAUCCCCAUGAAGGUGGUGUCACUCAUAUGCAAGGUGGAAUGAGCGCUGUGACCUUGCCUGCUGGAUACCUGGGCUCAUCGAUUAUCGGAGCUCUGUUGAUCUUCGCUGGAUUUGAUAUUGUCGCUUCCAAGGUCGCCAGUAUUGUCCUGGGCGUAUGCUUCUUGCUUACACUGUGGUGGGCUCGCAGAGACUGGUUAACCAUCAUGACUGUCCUGCUCGCCGUCGGUUUGUUGGUGGCGUGCUGGUUCAUUGCUCACGGUGAAGCUUUGCGCUGGGUCGUGCUUUUCAUCGGUGUGAUGUCAGCUCUGUACAGUGUCUGGGAUAUUUGCGAUGACCUUAUUCUUCGCAAAGUCAACAGCUCUGAUGCCAGUGUCUUCGCAAAGAAGUACGGUGGCUCUUCCCAGUGCUGGGGUGUCAUUUGGUCACUUAUCUCGCUAUGCUUCAUGGCCAUUGGUAUCAUUGGUGGUAUCGCGGCGUUCCCCGAGUCAUUCAGCCAACAAGAGUCUGAUUCCAAGCACUUCAUCCCCACCCGUUGA